AUGAACUCUGAUUCAAAUUCUUCUAGUUCAUCUAGUUCAGGGUUAUUUGAUUACAUGGUGAACGACUAUGUAGAGUGGCAUGAAUCAAUUACCCAAAGGCGAAAAGAAGAUGACUUGAUCGAGGAAGCGAUCAAUAUAGCUGUUGUUCCCUUUGUAACAUCACCUUACCAGGUCCCCUUCACUCUUGAACCUACGUACCAAAGGUGGUAUGUACCAAGAGAUCGAGAAUAUGCUGAUAUUCAGUUAUAUAACGAUUACUUUAGUCCCCAACCAUUGUACCCUGAUAAUAUGUUUCGUCGACGGUUUCGCAUGCGGAAGAAUGUGUUCACACGCAUUGUUAAUAAACUAAGCGAAAGUGAUGUUUACUUUCAACAAAGGCCGGAUGCCACCGGAAGACUAGGUGCAUCCCCCCUCCAAAAAUGCACUGCAGCAAUUCGAAUGUUAGCAUACGGUACAUCUGCCGAUGCAGUUGACGGGUAUCUUAAAAUUGCGUCAAGUACUGCAAGAGAAGGUCUUGCUCACUUUGUUGAAGGGGUCGUAGCUCAAUUUGGACCAAAGUACUUGAGGAGAGCGAGUACUAUGGAUGCUGAACAACUCCUCCGUGAAAGUUAUGUUCGUGGAUUUCCUGGUAUGAUGGGCAGCAUUGAUUGCAUGCAUUGGGAGUGGAAAAAUUGUCCGCGUGCAUGGAAAGGAAUGUAUCAAGGUAGAAGUAAAACAGCAACGGUGAUCUUGGAGGCUGUUGCUUCGCAAGACUUGUGGAUAUGGCAUGCUUUUUUUGGCACCCCAGGUUCUUGUAAUGAUAUAAAUGUCCUCCAACGGUCGCCGGUGUUCUCUGAUAUAUGUGAGGGAAAAGCUCCAGAGGUUACCUUCAAUGUCAACGGAAAUACAUACAAUAUGGGUUAUUAUCUUACAGACGGUAUCUAUCCGAAAUGGGCAACAUUUAUCCCAGCAAUCAAACAUCCACAAACUGGUAAGCACAAAUUAUUUACCAAGAAGCAAGAGAGUUAUCGAAAGGACGUUGAACGUGCCUUUGGAGUGUUACAAGCUCGAUUUGCAAUAAUACGUCAACCAAGUCUAGCAUGGUCGACCGAAAUUUUAUUGAAAAUCGUAAUGGCUUGUAUUAUCAUGCACAAUAUGAUUGUUGAAGAUGAGCGAGAUGGAUAUUUGCAUUAUGAUGCAACUGAAUUUAUCAAUGAUCAACCGCAAAAUUUAGCUGGAUCACCAACUGGUAACAACAACCAACCAUUUACCGUGAGAAGUGGACGAUUGGAUAGGCUCAAUCUAAAUGGUUAUAUGGAAAAUAGAAAUAAUGUUCGUGAUAGGGAGACCCAUAUUGCACUAAAAAAUGACUUGGUUGAGCAUAUAUGGGGACGUUUCGGCAACGAAUGA